AUGCAGAUCCUCCAACCUACCCUGAAGUCCCUCUCACUUCGAAAACUCCGACGAUCCAACGCCAUCAAAGUCCUCCUGGUCAGCGCACUCCUCUGGUCGAUUGCCUACACCUACUGUCGAACUCGGUUCUGGCGAGAUCCUCAUUCGGCCUUCUUCAAUGACCGCCAUGUCUACGAAUGGAGAUACAGUCUCUACCGGGAACACGAGGCCCGGCGCCUGAUCACCAACCACAACACCCUUGCAGAGAACUUCACCUCCUACACAGGAGCAGGAUCGAACCCGCUGGUCUGCGCAGCCUUCCUGACCCGCCGUGCUCUCUUCCUCAACAUCAUCUUCGUAGACACGGAUCCCAGCCAGCAUCCGAGCUGGGGACAGAACUGGAUGCAUCGAUUAGCGAAUCACGUUGGAUCAUACCAGAACAUCUCCCUGGAACAGUUUCACCACCUGCAGGAAUUGGAAAAGGCGCGGAACUUCUAUGAGAAGGGAGUGUUUGACUAUAUCCACGCGCUCGCGGCCUGCAUGGCCACUAAUGCAACCUAUCUCACGAUGUUCGAAGACGAUAUCAUCGUAGCAGACGGCAGGAUGGCCAAGACCCUCAAUUGCCUGUCGGAGAUCGCUCAAAUCCAGGAGCUCGAACACAACAAUCAAAACAAACCGUGGGUCUACCUCCGGCUCUUCUUCACGGAGACUGCGCUGAGCUGGACCUCGGCGGACUUUGCCUACCGCAACAUGGGCUGGAUCUUCAUUGGGGCAUCGUUGUCACUGCUCGCCGCGCUCAUGGCCGUCCGCCGCUCCUACCCGGCCAGUCACGCCUACCUCGAUUACCCGGCCAUCGGUGCGAUCUCCUUCGUCAGCCUCCCGGCUCUGAUUGGACUGGUCUACAUGGUCGGCAAAUACAGUCUGAUGCCCCUGAGCGGCGUGGUGGAGAUGAACGCCCACGGCUGCUGUACCCAGGGGUUGGUUAUUCCUCGCGACCAGGUCGACGCGUUGAUCGCUCAUCUGAGCGAGGUGAAGGCCGGGCAGACGGACUCGAUUAUCGAAAAAUAUGCAGAUGCACAUGGUCUGACCCGGUAUGCUCUCGCGCCGCAGCAGCUGCAGCAUGUGGGUCUGAAGUCGAGUCGGGAUAAUCUCGAGAUCAAUACGCGGAGUACGUGGGCGUUCUGGUUUGAGGAGAACACGCCUGCGGAUUUGAGGAAAGAGCAUGAGGAUCUGCUACGUGAUAUUGAUGUUAGACGGCUCUUGGAUGGACAUAGUUGA